AUGGAACCACCGCCAAAACGCGUAAAGGCCGAUGGCCCUCACCACACGAGCGACAACAAUGUCGGCGACAACCACGACAUUCCCCAGGGCCCAGCCAAGCGCGGCGGCCGGCCCCGGGGCAACUGGGACGUCUCGGGGCGGUACUCGCUUAAGUGUACCAGCCGCUACCAGCCCGUCGACGCCACCGACUACACACUCGACCUGUACUAUGAGCACGACAGCCCGCACACAUGCAUGCUCUUUGGCUUCUUCGAGUUCCCCAACCUGGGCCUGUCCCGAGGUGUCAUGAGGCUGUGUCCGCGCCACGUCCUCGACGACACAGCCCAGCAAGAGGGUGCUUGGCCCAGGCUGUACACGACCGACUUUGAUGCCGCGUGUGUCCUCGCGGAGGGCGUGCGGCCUAGUUCGAAGAGCAAGGAGUGGUUCAUGCGGUGGCGGGCCGAGCAUGUUGCAGACGGCGCCACUCGGGUCGUGGGAGGCUACGAGCGAGCCCAGAGCCAGUUCAUAUUCAAGCGGGACACCGCCACGGGGCUGAUACACGUCACCUUUGCCAUUGUGCACGAGUCGAAACAUCUUCUCUACGAGGGCUCACAACUGCCCAACAACCCCGAGGCAGCCCAAUCCGCUCAGGAUGGCGGCGGCCCAAGCCGGCCAGCGAGCAAUCAACCCGGUGCGGUCGCCAGGGUCCAGGCAGAUUGGCAGCGCCUCUUCGACCCAGGCUGGGAGGUCCGGAUGCUCUCCGACACGGAUAUCGAAGAGGAGCGCCUGGGCGACUACGUGGCCAGCAAGGGCCACAACCACUGGGAGCGUCCCAAGACGGGAGCCAUGAUCUACGCCCGGAACAAGCCCGGCCCGAACCCGGGGUUCCGAGCCGGCGAGGACAUGUCGUCCAAGCUGAUCGAGGAGCGUCCCGCUUGGGCCUGGGAUGUCACGGGCAAGUACCACGUCACGAGCCCCGAGUUUGACGCCAUCGUCAACGGCCCUGACUUCAGCUCCCCCGGCGGGCCCGGGGAGCAUCAGCAUACGCCGCCCGCAGAUUUCCAGAUGACUAUCUGGCUCGAGAACAAUCGCUGGCACAGCAAAGUAGGGCGCCAGCUGUGGGCCGAGUUUACCUUUGGCGAGUCAAAGGGUGCCAUGAGGUUCUGUCCGGGGUCAGUGGCCAAGGAGCUCGCACGCUCGGACAAGCUCGACAUGCAGUCCUUUGAGGACGCAUGUAUCCUGGAGUCCGGGGUCUGGCCGGGUGCUGCGCAGGAUGAAAAGGGAGAAAUCGAGUGGGGGAUGAGGUGGCGAGGAUACAACCCGUGCAUGGGCCUACUAGACGGAGACUCUGGCAAAAUGACGACCAUUAAAUUUACCUGCAGCCCAGACGGCCAGCUUAGCUUCAGCGGCACCCUGAUGUACGGCGUUGAAAAGAUCAUGCUCAUCGGGCAAAAGCACGGCCCGGACGGCGCAGAGAGGUCCGGGCAGGCAGUCACUGUCACCAAGGCGUGGCGGCAGUACCUGCCCAGGGCAAUUUCCUUGCUGGACUACAUGGACUUCGAAGAGCCGGAGUGA